UCUGGAUCGCUCGGGUUUUAUUCCGAAUAAACGCGGCGCUUCACACCCUUUCCAGGACGUUUAGCAUUUUCUGGAGGACAUUACACGACGAGAAUCAAAGGAUGCGCUUCAGUCUAACGGUCAUGUCUGUGAGAAGUGCAGCCCGGUCCCACGCGCUCAUUCUCGCGCUCAUCAUCGCCGCUUCUCUGACGAGCUCGCGAGGCCAAGAUGAUGGCGUUGGACCAAGCGACGAAGGAGAAGAAUCAAAAUUGGAACAAGAGCUCAACCCCAUCACCGGCAAACAGGACCCCACGAGGGAGCUCCACGAGACGGCGGCAGCGUUUCCACCGAGCUUCGACCCCCAACCCGACCUGAAGGUCCUCCGCGGCGCUCUGCUCACGAAGGGCUUCGAAGGAGACCAGCAGUUUUUCGGAGAUGGCGAUCAUGCGGAGGCUCACCCGACCUCCCCGAGACUAUCUUACGUAGAACCUGGAGAUCCACUCGGGGCGACUCGCGUGGUUCCUCACGAAGACGCACCGGCUUUCUCGGACAUCGCUACCACGGUCAUGACGACAGUCAGUCCUACCAGUCCCGGGAAGCUUGUCUCUAUAGGCCAAAAUAGGCCAAGCAAGAGAAGGAUAGAAGGCAAGGUGGAGGUCUUGGGAGGUCAAGUGGUUAAGGCAGCAAGUCAAUUAAGAACUGGACGACAAAGAGUUUCACCAAAAGCUGAACCGUCUCCCAGGGUGGAUUUGACAAAAAAAGAACCUCGGCCAGCAGGGAAGAGCAGCGUGGGUAAUCCCACACACGUGGAUGGAGAUACAACCAUAACAAGCAUCAUCCAGACCACGACGGUAAUUAGCACUAUGAGAGAACAAGGUCAGUGCAGCGUGAACUUAACAGAUGCCGAGGGCUACAUCGAGAUGCCGCCGAGCUCCGAUUCGUUCGAAUCCGCUAUGGAUUGCACCUACUUUGUGACGGUCUAUCUUGGAUAUGGGGUUGAAAUUCAGGUGCUGAACGUGACGGCGGCGGAAGGCGAGAACGUGGUGCUGGAAGACCUGGGUGGCCUCGAGCGCUCCCUCCUGGCCAAUAAGUCAGGGCUGACGAACGGGCUAGUGCUGAAAAGCUCCAGUAAUCAGAUCUCCGUCUACUUUAGCAGUGAGGAGCAGCCGAGGCCAGGUUCCCUGCUGCUCCGCUACAGAGCCUUUGUGUUGAGCUGCGCUUUCCCACAAGCCCUGGCUAAUGGCGAGGUGACAGUGAGCAGCCUCCACGUAGGAGGGGAGGCCUAUUUCUUCUGCCUAACUGGAUACCAGCUUCAUGGCGUGUCCUCUCUGACGUGCCGCAAUGCCACCAUGCCAUACUGGAGUGGCAAAGAGCCCAAAUGUGUAGCCUCUUGUGGAGGAAUGCUUAAAAAUGCCACUAUGGGCCGCAUCAUUUCUCCUGGGUUUCCGGGCAACUACAGCAACAACCUCACGUGUCACUGGGUGCUGGAGGCCCCUGAGGGCCACAGGCUGCACGUGCACUUUGAGAAAGUCGCUCUGGCUGAGGAUGACGACAGGCUGCUGAUCAAGAACGGGAACAACAUCGACUCGCCUCCUGUGUACGACUCUUACGAGGUGGAGUAUCUUCCCAACGAGGGGGUAGUGAGCACGGGGAGGCAUCUGUUUAUCGAGUUCACCACGGACGAGACGGGCACCUGCACCGGUGCCGCCAUACGAUACGAAGCUUUUGCCCAGGGCAUGUGCUACAAGCCGUUCGUGAAGUACGGAAACUUCUCCAGCAGCGACGUGUCGUUCGGAGUGGGCGCGGUGGUGGAGUUCUCCUGCGAGCCGGGCUACACGCUGGAGCAGGGCUCCGUCACCAUCGAGUGUGUGGACCCCGAGAACCCACAGUGGAAUGAGACGGAACCGGCCUGCCGUGCUGUGUGCAGCGGGGAGAUCACAGAUUCGGCAGGCGUGGUACUCUCACCGAACUGGCCUGAAGCCUACGACAAAGGGCAGGACUGCAUCUGGGGCAUCCACGUGGAGGAGGACAAGAGGAUCCUGCUGGACAUCCAAGUCCUUCAUCUUGGUAAGAACGACAUACUGACGUUUUACGAUGGCGACGACCUCACGGCCAACAUCCUGGGCCAGUACAGUGGCACUCUACCCAGAUUCAAACUUUACACCUCCAUGGCGGACGUGACCAUCCAGUUCCAGUCCGAUCCUGCCACCAACAUCUACGGCUACAACAAUGGCUUUGUGGUGCAUUUCUUUGAGGUGGCCCGCAAUGACACGUGCUCAGAAUUACCAGAGAUCACGAACGGCUGGAAGAGCACGUCCCAUCCGGAUCUGAUUCACGGAACAGUGGUGACCUACCAGUGCUACCCAGGCUUUCAGGUGGUCGGAUCUGAGAUCCUCAUGUGCCAAUGGGAUCUGACGUGGAGCGGAGACGUGCCCAGCUGUGAGAAGGUGAUGUUGUGUCAGGACCCAGGCUCUGUAGAACAUGGACGCAGGCUGAUGACGGGUUCACGCUUCACCGUGGGCUCCACUGUGCAGUACACGUGUAAUAAAGGCUACACACUCUCAGGCCCGGGCCUGCUCACCUGCUACAGCCGCGACACGGCCGAGCCCAAGUGGAGCGAGAGGAUGCCCAAGUGUGUCCCUGAAAGGUACGAACCUUGUGGUAACCCCGGAGCUCCUUCCACUGCCAUCCAGAGCUCAGAGAAAGCCUUCUUCCAGGCUGGAGAGACUCUGAGCUUCACGUGCCGCCCGGGAUACCAGCUGCACGGCGAAGCCACCAUCCGCUGCCUCCCGGGACAGCCGUCUGAGUGGAGCGCAGCGCCGCCUGCAUGCCGGGCCUCCUCACGAGAUGUUAAUGAGCGCAGAUUGAACGUAAUCAGCACUGAUUUUGGUACCGAGGCUACAGACACUGCCAUCGCAGUCAUGCUUCCUGCUGCAGUGGUGCUGCUGGUCAUCCUGGGCAUUUUCCUUUACUUCUCCAAAGUCCAGGGAAAGACCGUGCGCCUGUCCAGCUCGUGCUCACUUCCCUACGACAACAUGGCAGAGGAAUCUGCAUUCGACAACCCCGUCUACGAGACUGGAGUAAGUAUGGACGCCCUGAACCUGAGAGACGUGGACUCCCAGAACACCGUCGUCCUGUCCUGACCGCUCGGCCCCGUCCGUCCUGUCAUCGCAUCACCGGCAGACGGCAGCGUUCGCGCCAUUUCCAUUUUCACCCGAGAUUAAAAUCGCUAACUCUGACCUUCUGCUUCUGAAAUGCGGUAUUGAGCAACAUGCUCCAGCGUUAAUUAGAGAGCGGCUUUCUGAUGGAAAGAACAUCUGAAAUGCCUGUGUCACUUUGUGUCCAUCGUCUGGUGGCAGAAACCAACGGACUUACCGAGGGCGUCUAACUGACUAAACGUGACGCCGUACGUUAAGGUCUUUCAACUAACAUUAUUUACUGAACAAACCACAAACUUCUGCACUAAUAAGUAAAUAAAUACGUAUUAGCUGAUGUUUGUUUCAAUCAUAAUGAAACACAGCUUCACUGAUGAAUGUUUAUUCCAACCACGACUAAUUAUAAGUCGAGAUAAAAGAAUUACAAAUGUUGCUAAAUUGAUGAAUCAGAACAUAACACUAAUUUGAUCAAUCAUAACUUCUGAACUUGUUCUCAUUGUUACUCAUUAGAGACGUUAUUUUACUCAUCGAUGAUAUUAAUACUGGUUUGUUUGGUUUGUUAUUUUUCAUUUUAAUUACUUAAUAGUAAUGUCAAUGUCACUUGUGGUGUAUUAACGAAGGUCCUGGUUUGUUCGUGUCACGCGAUGUGUUGAAUAAUGUCAGUCAAGGGAACCUUAACCUUAAUCUAAGGCGUGACCAUUACGCCAUCAGAUAGCUUUAUUGUAUAUCAGAGUCCAAAUGUCUAGAGUUCUUGUUUGAAGUUCUCGAUCGAGCCGGUUAUAUGGAACAUAUUGUACAUCCCUGUACGAAAGUCUGCGAGGACUGAUUGGCGUGUACAGGAUUAGACCAGGGGUGUCCGAUCUUAUCCGGAAAGAGCCGGUGUGGGGUGCAGGUCUUCAAAGCCAAGCUCAACUGAUUAAUCAGGUGGAAUCAGGUGGGGCCCCUUAUUGAUUGGAAUGAAAACCCACCUGCACCGGCCCUCUUUUGGAUAAGAUCGGACACUCCUGGAUUAGACGGAUCCUGCUGUCAUUACCGUGUGUGGCGUAAUUAAGACAGCAGGACUCACUGCAGUAAGGAUUUCUCAUCAGACCUGAGAAGCAAAUCGCAAAGAAGCAAAGUGUGAUGUACGACCUUAAAAGACACACAUUUUUUUUUCAAAUCCAGACACUCGUUGAACACUUGCACCGAACUACAUGGAGAUGAUGUCGAAACAUGACCGCGCUCCGGACAUGUGCAUUUCCAACAAAACAAUGGCAGGUUAAAAAAUUAGGUUUAAAAAAAAAAAGAGUUUUAUUUGACUCACCCUCGAG